AUGCUCAUAUUUCUGGGGUCUCUUACGGUCUUUUUGGCCUGUCUCUCAACUGUCCAUGGCCUACAACCUUCACAGAUUCCCCUGGAUACACCGUUGUCAUCCUUGAUCUCCUCCGCAAAAACUCAUCUCGCAAGUGGUUCGCCUGGUGAUGCUUUGCUCUAUUUCAAUGCGGCUAUUUCACGCGAUCCUGCCAACUAUGUUACUAUCUUCCAACGGGGCGCGGCCUAUCUAUCUAUGGGGAAAAGUUCGCAAGCUCUAAGUGACUUUGAUCGGGUUUUGGAACUCAAGCCAGAUUUCGAAGGUGCUUUACUCCAACGAUCCCGUCUAAAGGCCAGAUCUGCCAACUGGGCCGGUGCCAUUAAUGACCUUGAAGCGGCUGGGAAGAAGUCAUCUCCAGAACAUCAGGAGCUUCAAGAAGCCCGAGAUGCUGCUGCUUUAGCGCAUGAUGCAGACAAGCAGGGGGCUUGGGACGCUUGCGUAAAUUACGCUAGUGUGGCCAUCGUGAAAGCGAACUCGGAUUUGAGUCUGCGGCAGACUCGGGCACACUGUCGCCUCGAAAGAGGAGACGUAGAGGAAGGUCUCAGUGAUCUCGCUCAUGUCUUGCAGAUUUCACCUAGCAUGGUGGAGCCACACCUUCAAAUAUCGUCAAUGUUAUUUUAUGCGUUAGGGGACACUGAUCGCGGUGUGUCUCAAAUUCGAAAAUGCCUGCAUUGGGACCCUGAUUCCAAAAACUGCAAUCGUCUUUAUCAAAAGGAAAAAAGGCUAGUCAAGCGUUUAGAGAAGCUGCAAGGAACUGUGGAUUCUCGGAAGUUCAAUAAUGCCAUCAACUUGCUAGUUGGGGCUGGUGGAGACAGUGGUCUAAUGGAUGAUGUGAAAGAGGAUGUUGAUGAAGCGAAAAAAUCAGGCCAUAUUCACCCUGCGGCUCCUAAUAAACUUUAUACAUUCUUAGUUGAGAGCACCUGUGAGGCUUAUCGUGAGAUACAAAUGCCCAGAAAGGCCGGGUCUUAUUGCGCUGAAGCUCUCGAGCUGAAUCCAAACUCCCUUCAGGCGCUUCUAUUUAAGAGUCAAAAAGCCAUCGACGAGGAUCGGUUUGAUGAUGCUAUACAUACUCUCAACAAAGCCAAGGAGCAUCAUUCCAACUCCAAGGAAAUCGAGACGCUUUUACAAAAGGCACAUGCUCUACUGAAGCGUUCCAGGCAAAAUGACUACUACAAAGUUCUAGGUGUUGGCCGAGAUGCAGAUGGGCGGACAAUUAAACGUGCUUAUCGGCAACUGACAAAACAACAUCAUCCCGAUAAGGCCUUAUCGCAGGGUGUAUCGAAGGAGGAGGCUGAAAAGAAAAUGGCUUCUAUCAACGAAGCCUAUGAGGUUUUAUCUGAUUCCGAGCUCAGGGCACGUUACGAUAGCGGCGAUGACCCAAACGACCCUGAGCCGCAGAGAGGGACACCAUUCCAGGGUAACCCAUUCGGUCAUGGAGGUGGUCAGCAUUUCUUCUUCCAGCAAGGAGGUCCGCAAUUCAAAUUCCAGGGUCAGGGAUUCAACUUUCCCGGUGGUUUUCCUUUUCGCUGA